UUUCUCUCCUUUAAUUGCACUGGUCCAUAAACAGUAAUAAAGCCUCCAGAGCCUGCAGGUUUAUGUCCUCGCUGUUUUCCUCGCCACCUUCUCCUGCAUGAAACACAGGAAGGUGCAACCUAAAUGUUCAGCUUUUCGUUUCCGUAUGACAUGUCUUUUAUUAUCAAACGCCGACACGAAACAUUAUCCGUAAUAAAGCGACGAAUUAAUUAUAUCCCCCUCUGUCUCUGAUAUUUUUAAACCUCCAGUGGAAAAUUAUGAAUUACAGCACUGCGCGGUGGACAUGCGCGGAGCUGCAGCGAAUAUGGCGGCUUGCAUCUGAUAGAAAGUGAGGAAUCUCCCAUCAAAAUACCCAGUUCAAACGUGUUUGUGUAGGUAUCAGUCUGUCUGACUUCACCUCCUCUGCAGCAGUGCUUUGGUCACCAUGGGCCGAACACCACACAGAGAUCAAAAAGAGGAGAAGAAGGAGAGACGAAGCAACAUCACAGCAGGCUCUGCCCUCGACAAAUCUAAUGAACCAUUCAGUUGGGAAGAUUAUCUGAGAGAGACGUCCUCCACUGCAGCCUCGCCUACUUGCUUCAAACAGUCCAGAGUCCCCCCCUCUAAUGACUUCAAAGCAGGUAUGAAACUUGAGGCACGGGACCCACGCAACUCUAACUCAGUGUGCAUUGCGACGGUCAUGGGAAUGAUGGGUACUCGCCUGCGCCUGCGCCUGGACGGUAGCGACAACACAAAUGACUUCUGGAGACUGGUUGAUUCGUCAGACAUCCAGCCUAUAGGGACCUGUGAGCGAAACGGAGACAUGCUGCAGCCACCACUGGGUUUCAGAAUGAAUGCCUCCUCGUGGCCCAUGUUCCUCCUGCGGACGCUGAGCGGAGCAGAGAUGGCCCCUGCCUCUGCUUUUAAGAAGGACCCACCUAUCCCUGCUAAAAACUACUUUCAGCCUGGUAUGAAGCUGGAGGCGGUGGACAGGAAGAACCCCUACCUGAUAUGUCCGGCAACAGUGGGAGAGGUCAGAGGUCAGGAGAUUUUUGUCAUGUUUGAUGGCUGGCGAGGUGCCUUCGACUACUGGUGCCCCUUUGAUUCUAGAGAUAUCUUCCCUGUCGGCUGGUGUGCCCUGACAAAGCACAGCCUGCAGCCGCCUGGAAACUUCUUUACCCUUCCCGGUGCACUCCUCGCUCCUGUUUCUUCCACCUCAGCCUCCCUUACUACACGUCGCUCUUCUUCCAAUUCCUCCUCCUUCAUGCAGACCUCAUACCGGCUGCCCAACCCCUUGCCACCCCUCCCUGUUCGCAAGGGUGUCCGAGGUCGUCGUCCCAAAUCCCAGACUAUUGCUUUGUUAAAGGCAGCGGCGGAGGCUGCGGCGGCGGCAGCAGUAAAUGGAGCAUCACAAAGCCCUGCCAGAACUAGCUCUGAGGCUGAACUGGCACCCAGGCCACACAAGAAGAGAGGACCCAAGCCUAAGAGCAAGAAGCCUCGGAUGGUUCAGGCUCUGGGGCCUUCAUCAGUUACAGCUCCGCCUUCGGAGACCAGACUGAGCUCCAGCCAUGUCUCAGUGGACAGCAGCAACAGCAACAGCUCAAAUGUAGUUUGCACAGUGUGUGUCUAUGUGAACAAGCACGGUGACUAUGGCCCCCAUAUUGACAGAAAACUGGUGCAGCAGCUCCCAGAUCACUUUGGUCCAGCUCCAGUCAAUGCAGUGCUUCAGCAGGCUGUUCAGGCCUGUGUGGAUUGUACGUACCAGCCCUCUGUACUGCUGUCGUUCCUACAGAGUCAGUCUCACACAGGAGGAGAGGUCAUCAGAGUUCGGUCAGAGCACGGUAUCCGCUAUGUGAAGCUACCUUCUGCUUCCAGUCCGUCUUCUGUACUGCGGUUCCUGGAGAACAUGUGCCAACAUCUAGAGAGUGACAGUCUUUUCAGCUCACAGCCAUUCAGCCCCUACAACAACAACACCCGCGUCUACAGCAGGACCAAGUCAGAACCACUGUCUCACGCUGAGAACGGCCUGUCCAAUGACGAUUCCACAAAGGAUCCAAGUACCCGCUCCCUUAACACCCCAUCAGACUACAGAACAACAAAGAAGGAGCGGUCAUAUUACCCUGGACACACAAACACACCGCCACCCCUACGACGUGUCAGUUCUACCUCGACUGAACUUGGUCCAGUGUGUACACACAGACGAGAAGAGGCAGCUAGUUCAACAACAGGCCCAGACCAUGUGAAACAGGACAAGGAGGGCUCAGGGAACGAUGCUUCUUCCUGGUCAGUUGAUGAUGUCAUACGGUUUGUCCAAGAAGCUGAUCCCCAGACUCUGGGCCCACAUGUUGAACUGUUCAAGAAACACGAGAUCGAUGGCAAGGCGCUGAUGCUGCUGCGCAGUGACGUCAUUAUGAAGUACAUGGGACUGAAGCUGGGCCCGGCGCUCAAGCUCUGUCAUCACAUUGAAAAACUGAAACAGACCAAACAUUAGAGGAUAAAGGCAGUCUCGUUUCACUGGCAACCAAACACACACAGAUACAUAAUACUCCGCAGGGAUGUAGUACAGUACAAAUCUUAACCAGGGUUGUAGCUUCCACUGAGGUCAUGGCCUCUGUAAUAUUUGUGAUUUUAGGAAUUAAAACUUACUAGCUGUUGGUAUUGUAUGUGCUAAUUUGACUACUUUAAGGCCAACAGAUACAAAAUAGCACUUUCCUCUGAAAUUUAUUCUUGGCAGCGUGGAGAAGUCUUUGAAACAGCAUUUAAGGACAUUUACAGACCACAAGUUACUUUCAUAUUAAAACAGAUACACAGUACAUUAAUUAAUAAUUUGCACAAGUGUAAUUAGUAUCAGAUAUCUGAGCAUCUGUGUGUUUUUUUUUGUCCACAUUAGUGACUUUUUGCCUUAUUACAAACAACUGGAGGCCAUAAUUUACGUGUCUUUUAAGUUACAGCUACAUUGCCAGUUUUAUACACGCACACAGACAUAUGCUGUAGGUCUUUGCAGUUUUGUCUCAGAUGUCCGGCUGAUAAAGUAUUUUUCUGUGAACAGAAUUUCAGGAUGGAUGUUCUGCAUUCAAGAUUGGGAAAGUUACUUCAGGUACUGACAGUGAACGUCUCAAUGCAUCAUUUCUGACAAUGCAAUAAAUGUUUCUGAAUGACUGCAUCUGUUACAGACUGUCACAUUUAGUUUAUGCAAGCCAGUGAGUGUAUGAAGUCAUAAGGAUUAUUCCCCACAGGUACUGAACUCCAGGAGCGCUCUGUUAUGUGAAUGAAAAGUGUUGAAGGGUUUCAAAAUGUUGGAGAAGUCUUGUUCCCUUAAGUUAGUCAUUGCAUAAAUUAUGCCUGUCCUUAAAUAGUUUAGUUGUUCUUUAUAAAGCUUAUAUAUUAACUUUAACAGAGUGGGCACCAUUUUUAUUUAAUUGGUACUUUGGAAGGAAACCUUUCAUCAGUUGUAAUUCUGCAGGCCAUAGAUGUAGAAAAUCAGUUACUGAAGAGUUAUGUCUCUUUUAUUUGUCUGUAUUGUAUGCUGGAAGACAUUCAAGCUAGAUGGUUUUAGCUUGAGCACUGAUGUGGCCUAAUGAUUGUGUUAUGCUGUGACAGUCACACUAUCAAACACACUACACGAGACAUAAAAACAUACAAUGGCAGGGAUGGUUUUUUUGG